UUUAACAUGAUGUCAUCACAUGCGCUGAAAAAGAUUGCAUUUGGUUGUUGUGUAUUUCGUUAAAGAAGGAAACUGUUCGAUUGUAGCGACCAAACACGUCAAAAAAGUCUUCAACUGCGAGCUCAACAUUGAGAAUCUGCUGCAGAUUCGUGGAAAUGUUCUCUGUGAGUGGAGUGAGUGCGCAGCAACUCCUGGGGCCCUUGCCUCAUCUGGCCGCUGUGCUGAACUCCGUCAAGGCCACAUCCCGUGACCCUACCGCAGCAGCAUGGGCUAUCAAGCACAGCAGACAGAAGCAUCGACAAGGCUCUGGCAGUCAGGUCAGAGCAUCUGAUGCAGACUUAUUAGAGAGCCUACAAAAUGUUGCACUCAAUAUUGAAGAAGUUGGGGCAGCUCAUCUACCAGAAGGUUGGGCAGACAGCCUUCUGGCUAAGAUCCCACUCAGACAGAAUGGUGACGGCACCUGGAAAGAAUCCCACAUAUCGGCACAGUCUUUCUUUGAGAACAAAAACGGUUUUCCAGAGCGCCUGCUACGUUUACGUCCCUCCUCGGCCUCCUUCAAGGACAGACAUCCCCUGCUCGUCGAUUACAGACUAGGCACAAAUGGCACUUUACAAGGUUUUUAUCAGAGCAGAGGGUUUAAGACAAAGAGGGCAGGGACCGCGAAGAAGCUGCGAUCAUCCAGCGUGGAAGAGGAACCACCCAAAGGAAUGCUGUCCAGUGCCUUUCAGAGAGUCACAACGCGUGAACCAACCAAGCUAAGCGACAAGUUGGAGUCAGCCCUGGCCGCCAACGAGUCCCGCAUCAGCGAUGGGGACUCCUUCAAGAUUGGCUAUGUGGAGGGAUUCCUCAAGGGCAAGGAGGAGCCCAAGAGGUCAGACCGCCUCAAGACCUGGACCACCAUCCUGGUCAUUGGUGUGCUGAUCUACCUGUACUUCAAGAUGGUGUCUGUGUUCGCGCGAGUGUCCAUCAUGGGACCAUCAAAUGUUGACAGCAUGAACGUCAAGGAUGUCAGCUUUGAUGACGUUAGAGGGAUUGACGAGGCUAAGAAUGAGCUUCAGGACAUCGUCAGCUACCUGAUGGACCCUGAGAAGUACACCAAGCUGGGCGGUAGGCUGCCAAAAGGAGUGAUGCUGGUGGGUUCCCCGGGGACAGGCAAGACCCUGCUGGCCCGGGCUGUAGCCGGCGAGGCCAACGUCCCCUUCUUCUACGCCUCGGGCUCGGACUUUGACAACAUGUUUGUGGGGUCGGGAGCCAAGAGAGUCAGAGACGUGUUUGGUGAGGCCAAGGCUAAUGCCCCUUGCGUGGUCUUCAUUGACGAGCUGGACUCAGUGGGCGGCAAGCGCGUGGACUCCCCUCUCCACCCCUACGCCCGUCAGACCAUCAACCAGCUACUGGCCGAGAUGGACGGCUUCAAACAGAACGAGGGCAUCGUGGUCCUGGCGGCCACCAACUUCCCGGAAUCGCUGGAUCCGGCUCUGACAAGACCGGGUCGGUUCGACAUGAAGGUGAUGGUCCCCAAGCCCGAUGUCAAAGGUCGUACGGACAUCCUGAUGCUGUACUUGUCAAAAGUCACAAUGAGCAAUGAGGUGGAUCUGGAUGUGCUUGCGCGGGGAACUGUUGGCUUCACAGGAGCCGAUAUUGAGAAUCUGGUGAACCAGGCUGCACUCCAGGCAGCCAGACUGGGCAAAGCUGCAAUAGACAUGAAGGACUUGGAAUACGCCAAAGACAAGAUACUCAUGGGGCCCGAGCGAAAAAGUGCUCAGAUUGACGAGCACAACCGCAAGAUCACAGCCUACCAUGAGGGUGGGCAUGCCCUAGUCGCCUACUACACCAAAGGAGCAAAGAACAUCAACAAGGCUACCAUCAUGCCCCGGGGACCAACGCUGGGCCACGUGUCAUUGCUGCCGGACAAGGACCAGUGGAACGAGACCAAGUCACAGCUCCUGGCCCAGAUGGAUGUGUGCAUGGGGGGCCGGGUGGCCGAGGAGAUCGUCUUUGGUGGUGACAACAUCACCACGGGGGCCUCCAGCGACUUUGAGCAGGCCACUGCUAUCGCCCGGCUCAUGGUCACCAAGUUUGGCAUGAGCGAGAAGCUGGGAGUGAUGACAUAUAGUAACGCCGACGAGAUGAGCAUGGGAACCGGGCAGAAGCCCAGCCCAGAAACCCAGUCCUUGAUUGAGAGUGAGAUUAGGGUCCUGCUAAAGGACUCGUACGAGCGAGCCAAGUCUAUACUCAAGACUCACUCCAAGGAGCACCGGCAGCUUGCUGAGGCCCUGCUGCGCUACGAGACGCUGACAGCCGAAGAGAUUGGCGACCUCUUACAAGGCAAAUAGGAAAUAUGAACCCUGACCUCUGAACUUGAAGGUCAUCUUGUCAGGAAAGGAACACAGAUCUCUGAUAGCAAGGAAACAAUUUGUGGAAUUCCAGUGUCCGAGACAGAUGAUUAACUGCAUGAAACGGGUCAGGAAUUAAGCGUUCCAAAAUUUAAUGUCAGUGUCAGAGGUCGCUCUAGGUGAAACUGUAGGUCACCAGUUUCAGAUGACUUCUAGUGGCAUCUUAUCAUGGAGUUAUAAAAUGAACUUUGACCUGAGACGUCAGUGAAGGGGUCAAAACUGUUAUCAAAUUUCCGUUGUGUAAGCCGUUAACCAUUUUUAUCUGCAGAAAUAGCCCCAUCUACAAAAGUGAUUCACAUUUUAAGUAGGUGUAGACAUUCUCAAAUGUAAAUCUUUUGUGCUGUUCUUGAAACAAGUAGAGCAAAUAAUUAACCAGAAACUAUAGCAACAUUUAGUCUGGCAUUUAUAGUUGUGACUGGGGGAAUGUCAUGGCUUUGCUUGAUGCCACAUGAAUGCCUUUUGGCUGCCAGUUUUCAACUCAAUGCGCACAAGUUGGUGAUGUCUUCAUGUAAAAGUACUGCAGCUGAGUGUGGAGAGCAGUGGUGGUGCUUAUCCUUCACUCAACAGUAAAUUUCCAACUGCAGAUGGUGCAUUUCUAAAGAGUACCCUAUGAGCCCCGAGCUGGACCAAGAGAGGGCGCAAUUUUCAUCUGAAAUGCACCAGGGGCAGUUGGUGUUAAGUUGGUGUUAUUUUCUGUUUUAAAUUGAUUUUUGUCUAGUUUCACGAGAGGAAUAUUGUCUCUUUAUUUCUGAAUAACACGACAAAUACCAAUUUCCCUGUACCAAGA